AGAGAGAGAGAGAGAGAGAGAGAGAGAGAUGGAGAGAACAGAGAGAGAGAGAGAACUGUGGGGUGUCAGAGGAAGGAGGAGCUUCAAUAAAGGAAAAAUCAUCAUUUCAUUAACACUGCUGUCAAACUAGUAGCCGACAGACAAGCUGUUGUGUACCUGUGCUAGCUGGUAGUAUAGUAGUAACUUUAACUGUAUAGUAACUGUGGUAGUAUAGUAACUGUAAUAGUAAAGUAACUUUAACAGUAUAGUAACUGUGGUAGUAAAGUAACUUUAACAGUAUAGUAACUCUGAUAGUAAAGUAACAUUAACAGUAUAGUAACUGUGGUAGUAAAGUAACUUUAACAGUAUAGUAACUGUGGUAGUAAAGUAACUUUAGCAGUAUAGUAACUGUGAUAGUAAAGUAACUUUAACAGUAUAGUAACGGAGGAGUAACUGUCCAGAAUGAAGAUAAUCCAUCUUAUCUCUUGCUGUCUCCUCUCAGCUCUGUGUGUUGUGGAGUCAGCUGGCAUUAAUGUGACGGGGGUCGUAGGAAGACAAGUCAAAAUCAACUGUUCUUAUUCAUGGGCAGAGGACAAUGACAAAUAUUUCUGUAAGGAAAGCUGCUCCAAGAAUGAUAUUCUCAUUCAGAGCGAUGGUAAGCAAAAUUACAAAAACAAAGACAGAUUCUCCAUCCUGAACACAAUAAAUGGAGUUUUCACUGUGACCAUAACUAAACUGGAGAAGUCCGACUCUGGGAAAUACUGGUGUGGAGUGAACAGAUUAUUGAAGGACACCUAUACUGAAGUCCAUCUCAAAGUUACAGACGCUCCUCCCACUUCUACACCAUCACCUGUCACCUCCAGACCCCAUGUCUCCACAACCCUCCCAAACCUCUCUACAACCCUCCCAAACCUAUCUACAACAUCCUCUAACCUCUUCACAACGUGUCUGGCAUCUGGAGAUAUCAGUGGUCACUCUUCAUCAAGAGCAGGUCUGAUGGUGUGGACCAGUGCUGGUCUGGUAGUCAUGGUGACAGUGUUAGGUCUGGUCCUGCUCCUGUUCUACAGACAGAGGAGAGGAACCAGGAGAACACCACCACCACCAGUCUCCUCCAACACACAACCUGACCCUGCUGGAGAGGUGAGAGAUACAAGGAAGGGUGUGUGUGUGUGUGUAGACAUGGAGGUGGUAAACUAAACAUUAAGGGUUGAGUGUGUGAGUCUACAGCCUCUAGUGGGAUUCUACUGUCGUCUUGUAUUAAGUCCAUGAAGAAAAACAGUGGCAAACAACACAUGUUGAUGGUUGAGGACACAUAGAAGAUACCCUGCUGUGCACCUCUCUAAAGACACUCCAGAAGAUGCCCUCUACUCUACAGCCCAGCUACCCAAAAUAAUGUAGUACUAUAGAAUAUAUACAAGGAAUGUGUCCCAAAUGACACCCUAUUAUCUAUCCCCCAUAUGGACCCUGGACAAAGGCAGUGCUCUAUAGAGAACAAGGUGCCAUCUGGGAUGAAGAGAAGCUCCCUGUAGAGAGAUGAAGGGUUGUCACCACAGAGCCACCAUCUUGGAAUGACAUGAAAAAAACAAUCCCUUUCCUGUUUCAAAUCCUCCUUGACAGGUACUGUGACAGGAGUAGUGAAGGUACUGUAACAGGAGUAGUGAAAGUACUGUAACAGGAGUAGUGUAGGGUGUAGUGAAGGUACUGUAACAGGAGUAGUGUAGGGUGUAGU